CAAGACUGCCGCUAUAUCCUUGGGGAGGAUCGGGCUGCAGGAACGUUACUAAGAUACUAAGUAUUGACUCAACAUUCAUGCUGCUAAUUCUGGCGACGAACACGACUGUAUAAAGUUGAAUGCAUAAUUGAAUGAAUGAUAAUGCAUUUGAUACCAACACUCGUCCGUUCGCCCAUCAUUCUUCAUAACAUACCGUAGCCUAGGCCCAUUUAAAAUUAACUGACAAGACGCGUGAAUCUGGUGCAUUGAGCAGGUACUCGCAAGGGAAAGUAUGGCAGAGAGUAGUCAAGAAAUCAGAAAUUUCAGUGAGACUCCUCAAAGUUCCCGAAUUGGUUCUCGAGUACUGAGUUCUAAUUCGUCAUCAUCUGACGCAAUUCGUACAGCGACUCAAGCUUUUCUGGAUUUGGAACGCGAACCUAAAACGAACGUUACAAACUCUUCAAUAAUUCGUGCACAACUUACACAACAAGAAAUACGAGAUCUUAGGUUUGUUUUCGAUACAUUCACCAGUAAAGACCGCAGGCUGAUCGAGGCCAACGAUUUAUACAGAGCCAUGCGUGUACUCGGGUUUAAGAUAAAAAUGAGAAAAAUAGAGGAUGCGCUGAUUGAUAUGGGACGUGACGGAACAAGGUGCAUUAACUUUGAAGAGUUCCUCGAACUAGUUGUGCAUUAUCAAGGAGAAAGCAGGGAUAUACACGAAGAGCUAAUGCAGGGUUUCACGUUAAUUGAUAGAGAUAAGCAGGGAUUCAUUACUUACAAUGACAUCAAGAGGGCUUCACAAGAAUGUGGUCUGAAUCUGAAUGACAGGGCCAUUAGGGAGAUGUUACAAGAAGCCGACCAGACUGGAAAUUCGAGGAUCACUGCUAAAGAAUUUAUGGAAAUAAUGCUUCAAACACAGUUAUUCCAAAGUCUGGUGUAGAUUUUAACUUAAGCAUUUAUUCCAAAGGAUUAAGGCACGGAACUACUUAGCGUACUCGCUGUAGGCUUAUUGGUUUACAUAGUAUAUCAUGUAUAUAAUAGAAAUUUACGAUGAGUAUUGAUUUACAUAGUAUAUCGUGUAUAUAAUAUAAUGUAGUAGUCCGUGUAAUAAAAGACUGGCAUCGAUGCAUUUUGGCGGUUAUGUUUGGUUUAUUUUUUAGUUAAUGAGAGGAUCUACGCCGAGUAAAACUGGAUGCCUAAACGAAUUAGGUUUCGACGAGUAAUAAUUAUUUUGAAUUUUGCAUAUAGGCCUAUUAGUAUUAUUAGGUUUAGGGCACCUACAAAGAAGCUCCCCAGUCUCCACCGUGGACCAAAGGAGUAAGCUACUUAUAUUUACCAAUUGUAAAACUAUAAAGCGUAGAGCUUGCACCUUAUUUUGCCAGCUAGCGCCCAGGCCCCAAAUAUACACAAGUAUACAACUACAACCGAGUAGAUUUCCUCCAUUUAAUGUAAAAUAAAACACAUUCAAAUCCGAAAGCAAGCGUAGGAUUACGUUUAUUUACAAUUUACAAAUUCAUAAUUUUUAGUCCGAUACAAUCAACCGCCGAAUCCAUAUAGGGUUCUUCCUUGGCGCUUCAAGG